AUGCGCACUUCCCCUCUCCUCUCCUAACAGACAUUUUUCUAAUUCCAGUUGAGUGGAAACGGCUCACCGUCCGUCCGUAGCAACAGAGACAUCUGACUUCGAUUUGCUGGAAAAACGUCUGCAUCUUUCACUGACGAGAUAUCAGAGUCAAGAUGUUUUACACAUGUGGACCCAAUGAAGCAAUGGUGGUGUCUGGUUUUGGCCGUUCUCCUCCUCUAAUGAUUGCUGGAGGAAGAGUGUUUGUCAUCCCAUGUAUUCAGCAGAUCCAGAGAAUCACACUCAAUACCUUGACUCUCAACGUGAAGAGUGACAAAGUCUACACCCGUCAUGGUGUGCCUAUCUCUGUGACUGGCAUUGCACAGGUGAAGAUCCAGGGCCAGAACAAGGAGAUGUUGGCCACCGCCUGUCAAAUGUUUAUGGGCAAAUCUGAGGCUGAGAUUGCCGUGAUUGCGCUGGAGACACUGGAGGGGCACCAGAGAGCCAUCAUUGCCCAUUUGACUGUGGAGGAGAUCUACCAGGAUCGUAAGAAAUUCUCAGAGCAGGUCUUCAAGGUGGCCUCAUCUGAUCUGGUCAACAUGGGCAUUGGUGUCGUCAGCUACACACUCAAGGAUGUUCAUGAUGAUCAGGACUACCUUCACUCCCUAGGUAAAGCCAGAACAGCCCAGGUGCAGAAGGAUGCCAGGAUUGGAGAGGCUCAGUACAAACGAGAUGCCGUUAUGAGGGAGGCCCACGCAAUGCAAGAGAAGGUUUCAGCUCAGUACAAGAAUGAGAUUGAGAUGGCAAAAUCCCAGAGAGACUAUGAGCUGAAAAAGGCAGCCUAUGAUGUUGAGGUCAACACCAAGAAGGCUGAGUCAGAGAUGGCCUAUCAGCUUCAGGUGGCCAAGACCAAGCAGCGUAUUGAGGAGGAGAAGAUGCAGGUGCAGGUGGUGGAGCGCACACAGCAGAUUACCCUGCAGGAGCAGGAGAUCAUCCGCAAGGAGAUGGAGCUGGAGGCCAAAAUUAAGAAGCCUGCAGAAGCAGAGAAAUACCGACUGGAGAGGUUGGCUGAGGCUCAGCGCCUGCAGCUGAUCAUGGAGGCUGAGGCUGAGGCCGAGUCCAUCAAAAUGAAAGGCGACGCAGAAGCUUUUGCCCUUGAGGCUAAGGGUCGUGCUGAGGCAGAGCAGAUGUCCAAGAAAGCCGAGGCCUUCAAGCAGUACAAAGAUGGAGCCAUGGUGGACAUGCUGCUGGAGAAGCUGCCACUGAUGGCAGAGGAGAUCAGCAAGCCACUGUCAGAGGCCAACAAGGUCACUAUGGUGUCCAGUGGCGGCUCAGAGGUGGGAGCUGCCAAACUUGCCGGAGAGGUGCUAGAAAUCAUGACCAGGCUGCCUGCCGCUGUGGAGAAACUCACUGGAAUCGACAUCUCCCAGGCUGGAGGAAGGACUGGCAUGGUGCAUUAAGAAGAGAUGAGAGUAGGAAGUAUCAGGAGAGGUGUCACCAAUAUCCACUCAAGGAGCUCCUUGUGCCUAUAACCACUGUACCGACUCUGCUACACCAUAGUCCGUUUGUCUGUGUGCAUGCACGUGUUUCACUUGUGUCUCAUUUGUCGCCCUCCUUUACAGUAUGUGGUUUCUUUUCAUGUCCUGGGUCUGAGCUGUUGAGCUUUCUGCGGUGGGUGACUGCAAAAGCAGCUGCAAAGGAUAGAAUUAUUAAUGAAGCUACUUUUUUCCUAGGAAGAGACAAAAACCUCAGCCCACUUUAACAAGUGAUUGUCCAAAUAGAGUUUCUAUCUUUGUUGUUUUAUACUUCACCUUCGGUAUGCAAUUUUAAAUUGUUAUAGCUCACAGUAAGCAGCCUCAUUACCCCUGCUGAAGGACUGGGGUCUGUAAACUGUCAUUCAUUUUUAAAAAAAAAAAAAAAUUUAAUGUAGAAAAGUUCAUGGCUGAAAGUUUUGGUGCCUUUAACAACUCACUGUUUCAUAGCUUUCUCUGCUUUAGUCGUAGUUCUUUACUAAUUACUUAUCAGAGCCUAGUUUGAUGUUAUAUUGUUCUCUGUCCAACAUAAAGAGACAAAGAUGGGUUGUUGCUUGUUUACUCCAUGUAUCUGUUGUAACGACGUUCCUGGACCCCAAAUCAUAUCAGUUGUACUGCAAAUGGAAGGAUUUGUUUUGUGUUUCAGACUGAAAGGGAAGGAAGUGGUUGAUGGGAACAAGCUAAAUGGUUUCCUGUAAAAAGCAAUGAAAGUAGGUUAUGGUGGAAAAAAAAACUGUUUUGACUUUGCUGCAGUGUCGUCUGGAGUCUUGGUCUUGAUAUCUAGAGAGUAAAGAAGAAGGCUCUCUUUUACUAACUUGCUAACUAACUAGCCUGCUGCUUUAAUGCACUUGGUGCCUGGAGUUUAAACUAACAAACGGGGAAUAGUAUGACUUUUUAUUUGGUUACUGAUUUGUCAUGACAAUGUGAUGCUGAGUAUUACAAAUUUUGGCAGAUUUGAGCUCUGACAGUUAUAGAAGGUUAUAAAUGACAGUUCAGUACCUCUGAUUUGGAGCCGAUUUCUUUUUGAGAUUUUUCACUACGCUGCAGAGCCUUAUGCAUUUUGUUAUUGCCAAGUGCCUGGUCAAAACUCCUCAACAGUCAAGUUGACUUUCUGUGACUAAGCUUCUUAUACUUCUCUGUCAGGUUAUCGUUCCUCAUAUGCAACUGAUCAUAAGCCAUUGGUCGUCGCCAACGACAGCUGUAGACGAAAGCCAAAUCUGUCUGUACUUCUUUUGUACGUUUCUCCUGACUAAUCUUUCACUUUCCUUGAAAUUGCGCUGGUGCAUGUCUAUCCUUUAAAGUGUUUGUAAGCUCUUUUUACAUAGUGUGGAAGUUGUAUACUAGUGUCAAAUAUUCAAGAUUUAUCUGUAGUGAAAUGUUCUGUAGACAAUAAAAUGUUAUGUUAUCAGCGAAAA